CACUGACGGCAGAGAGAGAAAGGGAGCGCACACCGGGAACAGAGGGAAGGCCUGCCGAGUGGGAGUAGGGAGAGAGCUCGGGCUGCUGGCGGUGGAUACAUUCAUCCUCCAAACAGGCCAGGCGCACCUGGUGGCAUCAGCAGGCGAUGGCAGCCGAUGAUGACACUGACACAAGCCUCUGCUAGGUCCCUGAGAGUAGGCUUGUGGAACCGCCUGUAGGCUAACAGGCGCAAGUUCUAUGGCAAUGCCAGUCUCUCCAGGUCUGGGACACUUCUGUGCCUGAGUUGAGGCCAGGGCUGGGAACCACUGUGAUGUGACACUUCUCUAGGGAGUUGUCACUCAGGCUUCACUAGCCAAUCACAGAGUCCAGACGGACCCGCCAGUCAGACGGGAGAGCACUUCCGUUCCUUAAUAAAUAAAGGUUCGGGCUUGUGCCUGAGGGAGGCUCCGGUGGUUCCGUGUCCCGGUCUGUGACCUGCUGCCUGUAGCAGAGGAGAUCGGGGCGAGCUCGGGAUCCACGCCAUGGAUGCAGUGACCUAUGAGGAUGUGCAUGUGAACUUCUCCCGAGAAGAGUGGGCUUUGCUGAAUCCUUCUCAGAAGAGUCUCUACAAAGAUGUGAUGCUGGAAACCUACUGGAACCUUACUUGUAUAGGCUACAAAUGGGAAGACUGCAAUAUUGAGGAUCAUCAUCAAAAUUCUGGAAGACAUGGAAGGUGUAUCAACUGUCCCUCUGGAUAUGGAAAGAAGCAGUGUACCUACGAUGUCUUUCCUAGAACAAUUAGAAGAAGAUAUGUAGUCAUUCCCUUUGUGAGAAGAGGAGGUGACUGUGAUACAAGUUUCCAAGUACUUGGCUUUCCAGCUUCAGUGGGAAUACAUCAAAAUACUGACAUUGGAGAAAAGCCCUAUGAGCACAAGGAAGGUGAAAAGCCUUCUGUCUGUCCUGGUUCACUUUGCACAUGUAGUGUGACUCACACUAUAGGAAAACGUUAUGAAUGCAAUCAGUGUGGUAAGUCUCUGAGUUCUUCCAGUCCUUUUCAGAGACAUGAGGAAACUCGUAUGGGAAAAGGAAGUGAUAAAUGUGAGCCAAGCAGUAAAAGCUUCACCCAUCACAGGCAUCUUCAGAUACAGAAGACUCCCUAUAAUGAAGAGGACCUCUAUGAGUGCAAUCAAUGUGGUAAAUCCUCUUUACAGUUACACCGAAGAACUCAUUUGGAAAUGAAAUGCUGUGAAUGUAAUCAAGGAGAUAAACUGAUUACACACCAGAAUUGUAAUCAAGUAGGUAGAGCUAAUACUAGAGACACAAAGCAUGACUAUCAUCAAUGUGGUAAAACCUUUGCAUGUUCCAGUUAUCUUCAAAUACAUGAAAGAAUUCAUACUGCAGAGAAACCCUAUAAGUGUAAUCAAUGUGGUAGAGCCUUUACAUGUCACAGCACUCUUCAAAUGCACGAAAGAAUUCAUACCGGAGAGAAACCCUAUAAGUGUAAUCAAUGUGGUAAAACCUUUGCAUGUAAGAGGUAUCUUCAAAUACAUGAAAGAAUUCAUACUGGAGAGAAACCCUAUAAGUGUAGUCAAUGUGGUAAAGCCUUUGCUUGUAACAGUUAUCUUCAAAUCCAUGAAAGAAUUCAUACUGGAGAGAAACCCUAUAAAUGUAGUCAGUGUGGUAAAGCCUUUGCAUGUAAUAGUUAUCUUCAAAUGCAUGAAAGAAUUCAUACUGGAGAGAAACCCUAUAAGUGUAAUCAAUGUGAUAAAGCCUUUGCAUGUAACAGUAAUCUUCAAAAGCAUGAAAGAACUCAUACUGGAGAGAAACCCUAUAAAUGUAAUCAAUGUGGUAAAGCCUUUACAUGUCACAGUACUCUUCAAAUCCAUGAAAGAAUCCAUACUGGAGAGAAACCCUAUAAAUGUAAUCAAUGUGGUAAAGCCUUUGCACGUAAAAGAUAUCUUCAAAUCCAUGAAAGAAUUCAUACUGGAGAGAAACCCUAUGAAUGUAAUCAAUGUGGUAAAGCCUUUGCACAUAGCAGUAGUCUUCAAAAGCAUGAAAGAACUCAUACUGGAGAGAAACCCUUUGAAUGUAAUCAAUGUGGUAAAGCCUUUGCAUGUCUUAGUACUUUUCAAAAGCAUGAAGGAAUUCACACUGACAAAAUCCCCCAGCAAUCUAAGAAAUGAGGUGUAGCUUUGUGUACUACAUUCAUUUUCCCAUCUGAAUUUUCUUAGUGGUGUUUAAGAUUUGUAGAACCAUUUCUUCAUUAAACUAUUGUUUCCUUUUCAAAUUUCAGAUGUAUUGUCACUCCAAAAUAUAGGAAUACCAGACAAUUUGAAUAAUAAAAUCUAUUUGUGAA